UGCAGCCCGGGGUGAGCGGUGACGCCGCGGCGCGGGUGCGCCGGGCGGACAUCGGCUGACGCGGCGAAACACGGCGGAACCGACCAUGAACCUGCUCGGAGGCAGUUCCAGGCGGGACCCGGACGGCACCGGGGCCGUCUACGACACCAUGCACCUGGAGACGGCCGAGGAGCGGCGCAGUCGGCACGUGUCCUUCUGGCUGGUCUGCACGCGCACGUCGUGCGCCUAUAUCGCCCUCUCGAUGAUCGUUCCCACCACCUGGCCCUACAUGCAGAACCUGGACCCGGACGCUCGGAAGACAGACGCCGCCUGGAUCAUCUCGGGCAUGUUCAUCGCGCGGAUCGUCAACAACGCGCUGCUGGGGCCGGCGCUGCGCCUGGUCUCGCUGCGCACGCUGGCGCUGCUCACCUCCGUCAUGGUGAUGCUCAGCUACGUCAUGUGGGCGCUGGCCUACCUGAUGCCGUCGCACCCCUUCUACCUGCUGGCCGCCUCGCGCGCCAUCGACGGUCUGUUCGGCAGUGACACGGUGAUCGGCUCCGUGUUCGUGACCAGGGGCACAACGGCACGCGAGCGGGGGCCGGCCAUGGCCCUGCUCGCUGGAGCCGCCGCUGCCGCCUAUAUCCCCGGUGCAGGCUGCACCACGCUGCUAUCCCUGCUCGGCUCCGAGGGCAUCGUGCUCGGUGGCUUCCGCUUCAACAUGUACACAUUGGCUGGCAUCACGGCCUUCACCGUCUACCUGGUCACCACCGUACUGCUCUACCUGUUCUUCUUCGACAACGAGAUCGCGUACCAGGAGCUGGAGCUCGGUCUGGGCGGCGCCGACAGCGGUGGCCUGAGCACGAAACGCCGGAGCGCCACGGCCGCCAACUACACAGGCAUUGCCACCUGUGUCCUGGUCAUGUGCGCCGUUGGCUGCAUCCUGCUCUUCAACGACUCACUGUUGGUGCCCAUGUUCAUGGAUAUGAACGGCUGGCCGGAGGAGAGGGCAGUCAGGACGUACGGCUUCCUGAUGAUGGGCUUCAGUCUGGUCUCGACCGUCAUGUUCGUGGUGACGGCUCGGCUAGCUAACAGGUUCGGUGAGCGCGCUCUGCUGCUGGCCGGCUCGAUGGUGGGCUUCCUCGGCUUCGUCGUGUCGCUGCCCUGGGGCUCGGAGAUGCCGCCGACGGUGGCGCCUCUCGCGGACGCAGCCUCCGCUAACGGGGCCGUACCAGACGUUUCACUGGUUGGCGGCACAACGCUGACGCCGGUUGGUACCACUACCAUGACGCCACCGUCUCUGGGCUGUCCCCCUGAGCAAACCUGGUGCUCCAGCGUUCCGCGCAUCUACCUGGGCCAGUACAUCACGGAGCUGGUGCUGCACGGCAUCGCCGUGGCGCUUCUCGCCUCCAUGUCGAACGCCCUCUUCUCCAAGUGCCUGCCGCCCGGCUCGGAGGGUUUCUGGUGGGGCCUGAUGAAGGCGAUGGCCAACGUGUCGCGGCUGGUGACGCCGGUGGCGUUCUCCUACCUGUACCAGUACGCCGGCCCACGGGCCAUGUACGGCACGCUCUCGUCGCUGCUGGCCGGCGUGCUGGUCGUCACGCUGGUCUGUUUCCGACGCCUGACCGACGCCAGCCGCCGCCGCGACGAGGAGACGCCUCUACUGGCCGAGAGCCGAAGUCGCCACGCCAGCCGGACGGAGAGCCUGUGCGCGCCGCGCUCCGAGUACGGUAGCAGCGACCCGCCGGAGCUGAACCGCGCGCCACCAGAAUCCGAGUCGGACGAAGAUAACUGACGGCCGACGACGGUGGGGGCGGCGGCGCGGUCGCUCGUGAUGCGGCUCGACACGCCGGGAUCUCGCUCCGGUGCGGGGACGCGUGCAUGCCGCCCGCGCGCGCCAGACGUGGCGGACGGUGACAGUGAUGCUGUGUGGGUCAGUAUGACGGGCGGGUGGAGCACGAGGAUGCUGCAUCCUCUGUGUAUGAUUAUGUGCUAGAACUGUGUUUUCAUUACGUUCUGACCAUAACGCAUCGACGUGUGAUGGUGUGUGUGUCCUCGAUCAGGCAAUAGUUUUGUUUUGAAUAAUCUAGCCCAUAUGAAAACAUGUGUAAAUACAAGGUAGAUAAAAACGUAAAUACUUUUAUAAAUACAGCCGUUUA